UCAAACACCGAUUUUCGGCGAAGUAUCUCCUAUCACGAUACCAUGUACUAUUCAAUUGACACAUAGAAGAUCACGUAAUUCGCACCGGUAAGAGUCAUCGGGCGUGUUGCUAGUGAUGAAGCGAGUAAGCAAUUGGGGUUUCUCAGCCAACCAACGAUGCUACCGCCAAAUAAGAAGUGGAUUUGUAAUGCUUGUUGAUCUAAAUCAGUAUAGCUCCGCUUCAUCGAAAGAUGAAAUUCGUACCUAUUGAAGAGAUCAUGUGAAGAUAACUCUCCCUACUCCCCCUAUAAACAGCUCAAGUAGUGCAUCAUUAAACAAACAAAAAAUUCCUUCCCACAUACAAUUUCCAUCACCCAAAGAAGAACAAGCACACCAUGGCUCUACCGUUCCCUAUCCCCAGGUCACUCGUUCCAGGGUUCUCCCUAUCCCGUGCCACCACCGCAGAUAUAGAUGCCAUGGUUGAAGUGUAUUAUGAGUCCUUCCUGACAGACCCGCGCAACACGUUCUGGUGGUCCCCAAACAAGGUAGCUAUGUUCGUCUGGAUGAAACGGCGUAUGCAUCGAAAGAUGAACGACCACAGUGUCCGCCACUUCAAGAUCACCGAUGCGGAAACUGGUGAGCUGGUCGCAUUCGCGCGAUGGGAUAUACCCAAGGGUUACGAAACGGCCUUCGGAGCGUGGGUCGGAGAUGAAGCGACCACCAUAAACGUUACUCCGGGUGUUGCGGUGGGUGGGGAUGUGCCGCAAGAAGGGGAGCAUUUACCCCUAACUAGUGCUUCCGCCGAAGCAACAAAUCCGCCCACGAUAGACUUCCCCGAAGGUGCACAGUCAGAAUUGUGUCGAGACUUCUUCAAUACGUUGAGUCGUAUGUCAGUGAAGCAGGAUGCGAAGUCGAUGCUAGGUCUAUCACUUCUAUGCACAUCACCAAAGUAUCAUCGGAGAGGCGCCGGUAAGGCGCUAAUCUUACCCAUGCUCGCGAUUGCCGAUGCAGAAGGUCUCAGAACAUAUACGGAGGCAACGCCUGGCGGCAGGCCCGUUUAUGAGAAACUAGGCUUCCAGGAGGUCGAUCAGUUAGUAUCUGACCUUACGAAGGUAAUGGAGGGGUUCGAAGAGGGAUACAAGCUUUCCAUCAUGGUGCGAGAAGCAAGAACAGCGCCAUUAGCAUGUGGGGAUUAGCGAUGUGGGUUUUUGCACACACAUAUCCUCACUGUCGUAUAUACGAACUACGAUGCUUUAUAACAGAUAAGAGCAACAGCACCAGAAAUGUGUUCCCAUCUAAGGAUUUGUUGAGCCGAAGAAUCAGCAAUGCCCAGCCCCCAGUUGAGGAAGGAUUGUACACAAACCUAAUCAUCAAAAUGUAUGGACACGGUUCAGGAUAUAUAUCUUAGCUCGAAUCAUGUC